UGAAAAGGCGUCUUCUUUCUGGCCGAUUUCACUUGCAACAUCGAGGAUGUGAGCUGUCUUGACUCUUACUCAUUCAGGUCAUCGAUCUAGACCAGAUUGGCGGAACAAUGGGCUGGUGGUGGGGUCCCGUUGUGUCACUGAUCCUUGACGCACACGCAGCGGAGGUGCCACUAAUGGCAACGCCUUGUCUUUCACCUUAUCGAAGCGCAACGGCAGCCAAAUUCCGCUUUAUCGGACCCUACCACCCCUACCUGACUAUGUGUGACCCCUCCACGCAUCGGAGGCUAAAUAAUUCAAUACAAGUCCAACCUUUUAGGUACGGGUGACUCAGAUCAACAAACUAAAUACACAACUUCCUCUCCACGCAGCGCCUCACCGAUAAUUCCCAGCUUCGUCAAAGGACCGGAUCAGAAUGUCGGGACCGCGCGCCGUCGUACCGUCCCUCGAGACGGUCAGGUCCAUCCUCACCUCCCCGGCCACGACCAACGCCGCAAAGAAGCCCACCCUCGUCCCCGUCUACCGCCAAAUCUCCUCCGACCUCAUCACCCCGUCCGCCGCCUACCUCAAGGUCUCGGCACACCACAAGGACUCGGACUUCUCCUUCCUCUUCGAGAGCGCCGCCACAGAACAAGUCGGCCGCUACAGCUUCGUCGGCGCAGGGCCCCGCAAAGUCCUCGCCACAGGUCCCGGCCAUGGCCCCGAGUGCGACCCCCUGCCGGCCCUCGAGGCCGAGCUCGCCCAGCACGUAGUCGCCCACGUUCCCGGGCUACAGCUCCCGCCCAUGGCCGGCGGUGCCGUCGGCUACGUGGGCUACGACUGCGUGCGCUACUUUGAGCCCAAGACGGCACGGCCCAUGAAGGACGUCCUGCAGAUCCCCGAGUCCUUGUUCAUGCUCUUCGACACCAUUGUCGCCUUUGACCGCUUCUACGGCGUCAUCAAGGUCAUCACCUACCUCCACGUCCCCAAAGACACCGCCCAGCUCGAGGCAGAGUACCAAAAGGCGACGCAGACCAUUGACGAGCUCGUCGCCGUCCUCAACUCCCCCGACAUCCCCAUCCCGGAACAGCAGCCCAUCAAACUCGGCCAGGAGUACACCUCCAACGUCGGCCAACAGGGCUACGAGGCCCACGUCACGGAACUCAAGAAGCACAUUGUCAAAGGCGACAUCAUCCAGGCCGUCCCCUCGCAGCGCUUCGCCCGCCCGACGACCCUCCACCCCUUCAACAUCUACCGCCACCUCCGGACGGUGAACCCGUCCCCUUACCUCUUCUACGUAAACUGCAAAGACUUCCAAAUCGUCGGCGCCUCCCCCGAACUCCUCGUCAAAUCCGAAGCCGGGCGCGUCAUCACGCACCCCAUCGCCGGCACCGUCAAGCGCGGCAAGACGCCCGAGGAGGACCAGCGCCUCGCCGACGAGCUGCGCAGUUCCCUGAAAGACCGCGCCGAGCACGUCAUGCUCGUCGACCUGGCGCGCAACGACGUCAACCGCGUCGGCGAUCCCUAUACCGUGCGCGUAGACCACCUCAUGGUCGUCGAGAAGUUUAGCCACGUUCAGCACCUCGUCUCGCAGGUCUCGGGCGUGUUGAGGCAGGGGCAGACGCGCUUCGAUGCCUUUCGGAGCAUUUUCCCUGCGGGCACGGUGUCGGGUGCUCCAAAGGUGCGCGCUAUGGAGUUGAUUGCCGAGUUGGAGAAGGAGAAGAGGGGGAUUUAUGCUGGUGCGGUUGGGUAUUUCGGGUACGGGGGUGUUGAUGAGAAGGGCGAGGAGGUGGAGGGCGCUAUGGAUACGUGUAUUGCGCUGCGGACGAUGCUUGUCAAGGAUGGUGUGGCGUAUUUGCAAGCCGGUGGCGGUAUCGUAUUCGACUCUGACGAGUACGACGAGUGGUUGGAGACAAUGAACAAGCUCGGCGCGAAUAUGCAGUGCGUAACGACGGCAGAGGAACUCUAUUACGACCAGCAGCAACAAGCGGCGGGCAAGUCGUAAGUAGUUGGUUGUAAAAAGCAAGAAAAAGUCCUCCCCCCAUUUAGCCAUGUUGACAAUAAAUUCGAUACCUUUUCCGAAUCACUCGGUCACACUUACCCUCUCUCUUUCUAGACUUGUGAGGCCCUACCUAGGUCGGUACUAGAUACAGAACCGAAACAAGUAGAUGGAAAACGCAAGGUGGAAUAUACACAGGACCACCCCAACCCAGGCCCCAGGCUGACCGAGUGUUCUUGCCUUUAUUCAUAUCGAUGUCGCUCCUUCGUCAACCAAGCCCAAUCGAUCCCCAUGGUCGAGCGGUAUAACGCCCUGGUCCGUUAGUAUAGAAGUUGGUAUGGAAUCUCGAGAAGUCGUCGGAUGGAGAAUUUCGUAGGGGCACAGUUCGAUUCACGGACUACGCACCUGAGCUUUCGCCUCUCUCUCUCUCUCUCUCUCUCUCUCUCUCUCUCUCUCUC